ACAGCACUGCAGGUUAAAAUACUAGACGACACAUCUACUUGUAUCGGCCACAGCAUGAUGGGAUUGUACAAGGGACCUCUGUACUGAGGCCGUGUAAUUCUGAAUAACGAGAACUCGGCAUGAAAGGCAUUUCCUCCGGUGCGCCUACAUGCACACCGGCCAACAUUUCUCAAGUCAACAAACAAAGUGAUCGCAUCAAUUGAGCAAGACUUUCAAGCACCGAGCGUGCAACGCUGUUGACAGAUGCCGCGAGGAGAGCUGCGAUUGGUCCGUCGCGGUGGGUGUUUUCCGCAUUCCGGGAAGAGCUUUUCGUCAGGAGCGCAUACCGGAGAGGGGGACCGUCGCGUCUGUGAAGAAGCCCUCCUCGGUGAUACCCCAGAGGAAUAGCGGUCCGUCGCCAGGGAGCAGGGAUGCCUUACAUGUUCGUCAGUACGCAGAUCCGACUGGAGACUGGUCCAACAAAUGUGGGAGAUGAAUAUUCGGAUCCAGCUGUCAUGAAUUCCCUAGGAGCAAGGAAGACAACCAUGCUGGGGAACAAUUUUUCCGAGUACAAUGUGGACGACCCGCCUCGCCUGGUGUUGGACAAGCUGGAGAAGAUGGGCUUCCGCGUGCUGACGAUGACGGGGGUGGGACAGACGCUGGUGUGGUGCCUCCACAAGGAGACGGAGUGAUGGAGCGAGUAUUGACUGUAUGGAAAUGCCUCUCGAAGCCUUUGAAAGGAUGAAUGAAUCAUGCUGAGGAACUUUUGUCAUAGUAAAAAUAAAAGUCCUAAAAUUGAGAUUAUCCCAGACGUAAGGUUUCAGAUUACCUUCAAUAGGUGACAGGUCACCAAUUUCAAGGGAAUACCAAACUACAUUCCAGGCAUUUUAUAAGGCCCUUUGCCCAUAUUGUUUGCUAUUUACUAGUGGUGACCAAGUGUUGCGAGAGUAAGGUCCAGUUUAAUUGUUAAUCAUUUGCCAGUAAAACUUAAAGGAAUGUCUCUAAAUUCAGCCUUAGCAAAAGACCUACAAUACGCCAGAUAGACGUAUUUGUACUUAAAGCACUGUGUAAAGAUGUUUUUUGCAAGUGUAUCAUAUGCGUAUGAUUAAAUGAUCUAAUGAUGUGGA